UAUGGAUUUGUUUGAAUGCUAAAUAAUUUUCUUUCAGGUAACGGAUAACAGCCUUAUUCAACAGCCCUUUACUGUUUUACCAGUUAAGACAAAAUGGAACAAUGCAAACUUUCAUGUUCUCUUAUUUGAUCUGGAGAAACUUGUGGAUAUUCUGCUGUCAUCUCAACUCUGUGGAUUGAAGUCAUCAAAUUCAUUCCACAACUAUGACACUCUAGAAAGAGCCAAAAGUACUACUGAGAAAAGAGCGCUAACAUUAAAAAGAAAUAAAACUGCUGGGUUCACGUUGUCAGUGGAUGGACAAGUAGAUACUGUUUGUGCAAACCAGGUCAAUAUAGAUCCUAACACAAUUAGGCCUUUGGAAGAAAGUGGUGGCAUAAAAAGGCAGAAAAAAAUGAAGAGUUCAAGAAAGACUAAAAUGCAGCCAUCAGGAAACAUUGAUGUGAACAUCACCACAGAUACAGCUAAACUGCUUUUGUCAUGUCUCUUACCCUGGGGUGUAGAUAAAGAAAUAGAUAAUCUUUGUGUUGGGCAAUUAGAUAUCUUAAGGCUGCAGUGCCCGGUUGCUUUUGGACUUGUGUCAAAUGAAAGCCACCUCUCUCUGAUGUUGCCGGGAUGGAAAUGUACUGAUGGUGGUGUGCUAGAAGAACAAACUUCAAGCAACUUGUUUUCAAAAAGAGUGCUUGAUUUAUCAAACAAGUACCUUGCUGCAACUGAAGGACACGCUGGUGAGAAAGAUGGAGCAGUGAAUAAUGUUUAUGGAACAAAGGGAGCUGAAAUAAUUUUUUUCUUAUUAAGCAGAAUAGUUUUAAUCAACAGAGUUUUUAACAUGCCUUCAGAAGAUACAAGUCAAAUUGAAAGCCUACAGCAACCAGAAUCUGUACACAGCAAAUGGCAAAAUAUGGAAGCGGCCAUAUCUUCAUUUCCCAGUAUCUAUGGAGAGUUACCACGCAAUAAAAGUAGACGCCGUUCCUCUGAUUUUGCGAAUGCUUCACUGCUGAAACUCAUUUGUUGUUGGAGUGACCAAUCUAUAAAGAUUAUUGAGGCAAUGCAAGCAGUGCUGUUGGCAGAAGUUCAGAGGACUAUGACAACCUUGAGAAAGACAGCAGCCUGCAGAGAGCCAUUGGCUAUAUUAGAGAAUGGAAAUGAUGAUUGGGUAGUUAAAGGACUUCUAUGCUCUCAACAUUAAAGAAGAACAGAUAGUUUCUUUGCUUGUGCAAUUUUUCCUACAAACAAUAGUUCUGGUAUUGUAAAUACACUUGAAAAUAUGGAAAGCAGUGUGCUUGAAAUAGGAACAGUAAAACAUCUUUAAAAUUUUUAAAAAUUUCUUUUCCAUGACAUCAGUCUUAGCACUAAAAAUUAAUUGCUUGAUGUUAUAACUUUGAAAUCUAGUAUAGAAUAGUUUAUUUUUCUUUUAGAAAUAAUCUCUCUGCAAGGAGAUAUCAAAUGCAUUUUACAAUUAGAUCAUUUCAUUUUACAAGAAGCCUACCCUCUGCAACUUUACAGUGUGCUAAUGUUUAUAGUAAAAAAAAGAUUGAACUAGAUUUUAUAUUAUGAAACUAAACCUUCUUUUUCUCCCUAAUCCAUUAGCUGAGUCUUAAAAUAAAAUGGCUUGUAUUUCAGAUCCUAUCUUAAUUGUGAGCCCUCUUGGGAAACUAAUUUAUAAUCUCAUUGGAUGUGUGUGUCUGUCACGAAAAUUUGUUAUAUAUUUGUUUCUUUCAGGAUGCUAAAAAAAAAAACCAAUACAAAAUAGUAUGGUCUCUCUAAAAUUUGGAUUGCUGGAAUAUAACAAACUGAAAACGUUUGAGUAAUUUCUACGUAUGAAUUUAUUCUUUACAGUUGAGAUUGCUUUGAAUCACUUUGUUACUAUACAAUCUGAGAGAAGAUGCACUGUAACUGAAACAUCCCAAAAUAUUCAUCACAGUAAAUAAGCAAGUAAUCUUGUUUUAGCUUGUGUGGUUCUCUGCACUGCAAAACUUGCUGUUUUUAUUAAGAAUUUAACAAAAUCUUCAGGGAUUUUUUGCAUGUUAGAGCAAAACUGGUUUGGGGAUGUAAUUAUAUGUAGAAAUUGUUUAAAACCCACUCAGGACUGAGUCCAGUCAGUGUAAUUACUGAGACACAUAAUUAUGUCUGGUUUUACUUGUUCAUUUGAUACAUAGGUCAUUUUAUAUCUUACUAAAUCUGUAUCGAUGAGUGGCACAGUAGCAGUCAUCUUGUGCAACAUGAAGAUAAAGGUUAAAUAUUGUUUCAAGUUCAAGUCAUAAUUCAAGACCGGGAACAUGCUCUGACCCCUUGAGUAAAAGUGGAGAUCAGAAUCAUUACACUGCAUGGAAUUUCUGUUUAACUGGAAUUAAUAAAUUCCCAAGAUUUUUAAUGUUGAUUUACUCAUCAUGUAGCUACUGAAGUAAACUGAAUUUUUAUUUAAGAUGUUGAAUAGAAAACUUCCAGGAUUUGGCAUUCUUAUCUUUAAAGUUUUUUACAGUAUUGCUCACAGGGCAUUAGCUGUGUCCUACUACAUUCUCCUAUUUUAUUAAAAGGGAAUAUAAAUGCAAACAGUUGUGAUUUAUUUGUUAAUGUCAGAGAUGUGAUCAUUUGGAGCAAGUUCCAAGUAUAUUGGUAAACUUUGGUUCUGUUCAUCAGAGAAACUGAAGUUUUAUCUGUUUUGUUUUCUUUCUGACAUUUAUUUGUAAUUCUGAGGAAGUACAUUGUACUGAUCUCGUCUUGUUUUUUUCCUAAACACUGAUAAACUCAUAUUAAUGGUACUACUAAUGGUGUUGUUUUCCACUGCCAAACUAAGAGGAAAUGAAUCUGCUGGUGUUCUUUUUUUGUCUUUAAUUUGCAGUAUUUGAUCUUACAACAUACAUACGUAGUAAUACCCAAUCAUGUGCCGAACUUGCUAGACCAGAGGAAAAAUGGCAGAAGUCUCAUUCCAUUUCAUUCAACAGUCCACUGACUGGACACAAGGGAAUGGGAUAGUCCCUUUUGUAGUUCGUUUGAACCCACCGGGCAUUCUGCAGUGAUUUUUCUUGUGAAGCUCUAUAAAAAUUGUUUCUUUUCUAAUGGAAAUUUCAAAACACUUGCAAAAGUAAAAGUUAGAAACUGGCUUCCUUCCCCUCCAAUUGAGUGUUCCAUCUAGGACUGUAAAUUCCCUUCAGCUAAUGCACUGAGGCAUUUUCCUAUGUGCCAUCCUUGGAUGCCUAUUUCUUCUAAUGCGUAAGGAUCCAAAAUUAUAUUAUCUGAGACUGCAGUAGAGCAAAAAAGUUUUUCUGGCAUUGUGCCUCUUUUUUGUUGAAUGUGAAUAAA